AUGGGUAAGGAGGACAAGACUCACCUUAACGUCGUCGUCAUCGGCCACGUCGACUCUGGCAAGUCGACCACUACCGGUCACUUGAUCUACCAGUGCGGUGGUAUCGACAAGCGAACCAUCGAGAAGUUCGAGAAGGAAGCCGCUGAGCUCGGUAAGGGUUCCUUCAAGUACGCCUGGGUUCUUGACAAGCUCAAGGCCGAGCGUGAGCGUGGUAUCACCAUCGAUAUUGCUCUCUGGAAGUUCGAGACUCCUCGCUACUAUGUCACCGUCAUUGACGCUCCCGGUCACCGUGAUUUCAUCAAGAACAUGAUCACUGGUACUUCCCAGGCCGAUUGCGCCAUUCUCAUCAUUGCCGCCGGUACUGGUGAGUUCGAGGCUGGUAUCUCCAAGGAUGGCCAGACCCGUGAGCACGCUCUUCUUGCCUACACCCUUGGUGUCAAGAACCUCAUCGUCGCCAUCAACAAGAUGGACACCACCAAGUGGUCUGAGGCCCGUUACCAGGAGAUCAUCAAGGAGACCUCCUCUUUCAUCAAGAAGGUCGGCUACAACCCCAAGGCUGUCGCUUUCGUCCCCAUCUCCGGUUUCAACGGUGACAACAUGCUUACCCCCUCCACCAACUGCCCCUGGUACAAGGGUUGGGAGCGUGAGAUCAAGUCCGGCAAGCUCACUGGCAAGACCCUCCUCGAGGCCAUUGACUCCAUCGAGCCCCCCAAGCGUCCCGUUGACAAGCCCCUCCGUCUUCCCCUCCAGGAUGUCUACAAGAUCGGUGGUAUUGGAACGGUUCCCGUCGGCCGUAUCGAGACUGGUGUCAUCAAGCCCGGUAUGGUCGUUACCUUCGCUCCUUCCAACGUCACCACUGAAGUCAAGUCCGUCGAGAUGCACCACGAGCAGCUCGCUGAGGGCCAGCCCGGUGACAACGUUGGUUUCAACGUGAAGAACGUCUCCGUCAAGGACAUCCGACGUGGUAACGUCGCUGGUGACUCCAAGAACGACCCCCCCCAGGGUGCCGCUUCUUUCACCGCCCAGGUCAUCGUCCUCAACCACCCCGGUCAGGUCGGUGCUGGUUACGCUCCCGUCCUCGAUUGCCACACUGCCCACAUUGCCUGCAAGUUCGCCGAGAUCCAGGAGAAGAUCGACCGCCGAACCGGUAAGGCUACUGAGGCCGCUCCCAAGUUCAUCAAGUCUGGUGACUCCGCCAUCGUCAAGAUGGUUCCCUCCAAGCCCAUGUGUGUUGAGGCUUUCACUGACUACCCUCCUCUGGGUCGUUUCGCCGUCCGUGACAUGCGACAGACCGUCGCCGUCGGUGUCAUCAAGGCCGUCGAGAAGUCCACUGGUGCUGCCGGCAAGGUCACCAAGUCCGCUGCCAAGGCCGCCAAGAAAUAA